AUGGCGCCGCCGUCUCCUCCAGCUGUGGCCGAGAUGGUCGACGAUCCGGCGGUAGAGCAUCAGCCGUCGCCAUCUCCCACGACGAAGCCAUGCCGGAACACAUCGACGAGCGGCGGCGUUGGAGUAGUCAUCGGCACCAUUGUGUUUUUGGCUUUCCUCGCCAGAACCAAAUGGAUCCACCUCGACGCUGACUAUUAUUCUUUCCUGGCGGGCACCGGCGGCGGCAGCGUCAGCCGGCGUGGUUGUCACUUCGGCGCCCGCUCAUCCACGGCGCACCUCAUACCAAUACCCUUCAGCUGCGACGCCAACGGCACGUCGGGCCCGGCUCUGUGCCGCAGCGGUGCAUCACUAGCGCCAGAACCCUCACCGCCGUCAUCGUCUCCGGGAGUGCCGCCGCCAUGGUGCCCGGACUACUUUCGGCAUAUUCACACGGACCUCGAGCCGUGGCGCACAGCCGGGAUCACGCGCGACGCCGUGGAGCGCGCCCAGCGCCACGCGGAGCUCCGGCUGGUGGUGGUGUCCGGGCGCGCCUACGUAGAGAAGUACCGCCCGUCGUACCAGACGCGAGACGUCUUCACGGAGUGGGGCAUCCUGCAGCUGCUCGCACGCUACCCCGGCCGCGUCCCGGACGUCGACAUGAUGUUCGCCACGGGCGACGUCAUCAGGGUGCGCGCCGCCGACUACCACGACGACCCUUCCGCCGCGCCGCCGCUGUUCCGCUACUGCAAGGACGUGGACAAAGAGGUCGCCAUCCUCUGGCCUGACUGGUCCUUCUGGGGCUGGUCCGAGGUGAACAUCCGCCCGUGGGCGCCGCUCAUCGAGGAGGUCGGCAGGGAGAACGCGCGCCACCCGUGGCGGGACAGGGAGCCCUACGCGUUCUGGAAGGGCAACCCCGGCGUGUCCGAGGCGCGCCGCGACCUCUUCCGGUGCAACAACGACUCGGCCGCCGGAAAGGACUGGAACGCGCGGCUCUUCGCGCAGAACUGGGCCGCCGCCGUCCGGAACGGGUUCAAGGACUCCAGCUUGGCCAAGCAGUGCCGGUACAGGUACAAGAUCUACGUGGCGGGGCGGGCGUGGUCGGUGAGCGAGAAGUACAUCCUCGCGUGCGACUCGCCCAUGCUCGCCCUCGACACGCCCUACAGGGACUUCUUCUCGAGGGGGCUCGUCGCCGGUAAACACUACUGGCCCAUCGACCUCGCCGACAAGUGCCGCGCCAUCAAGUUCGCCGUCGACUGGGGCAACGCCCACCCAGAGGAGGCACGGCGCAUGGGCCAGGAAGGCAGCGGCUUCGCGAGGGAGGAGAUGGACAUGGAGCUCGUCUACGAGUACAUGCUGCACGUGCUCACGCAGUACGCCGCGCUGCUACGCUACAAGCCCACCGUGCCGGAGAAGGCCGUGGAGCUCUGUCCCGAGUCCAUGGCAUGUCCCAGGAGAGGCCGCGAGAGGGACUUCAUGAUGGAGUCCAGGGAGAAGUACGUCGCCACGUGCGAGCCAUGCACGCUCCCGCCGCCGUUCACCGCAGAUGAGGUACUGGACAAGGCCGUGAGGGACGACGGCGUUCGAAGCAAAUUACUACACAAAAUGGACAGAGACUAA